AUGCUACCCUUCGCCAUUAUUUCGCUGUUCGUCGUUACCUACUUGGCCGGAGCCAUGGCAAACCCACCUUACGAACCCAACUUCCACGGAUAUCCAGGUGCCAUGAACCAUCCGCAUCCCAUGGAAGAGGCACCUCCUGUCAGCCCCACCUGCGGGUCCAACUUGCUGAUAGGAUGUGGUGACCCACAGGCAACCCAGGUGCCCUGCUCGCCAUCGGAUCACGGACCCAAGCAACACGAUCGUCCGGCCUACCAUUAUGGAAGGCCUCAUUCCAUCGGCUAUCGUCGUCCCAUGGAUAGCGAAAUGGAUGAAGCGGAUUUCGGCGAGGAUAGCUUUGAGGAUUAUAGGGACUAA